AUGGAAGCUUUACCACCUCGGAACAAGAAAGAAUUGCAGAGUCUCCUAGGAAAGAUCAACUUUCUAAGAAGAUUCAUAUCCAAUUCUACAGGAAAAAUCCAGCCUUUUUCCUCAUUGUUAAGAUUGAAGCAGGAACAGACAUUUAAGUGGGAAGGACAACAUCAGCAGACUUUUGAGGAAAUCAAACAUUACCUCUCAAAUCCACUAGUUCUGUCCCCACCAAAGAGAGGCAGACCUCUCAAGUUAUAUGUUUCUGCAUCAGAAGUAUCCAUUGGGAGUCUACUAGUUCAAGAUAACAAGGAAGGGAAGGAGCAGGCAAUUUAUUACCUAAGCAGAACUCUGACAAGGGUAGAAAGGAAAUAUUCUGCAAUUGAAAGGCUUUGUUUAGCUUUAUACUUUACUGCUAUAAAACUCAGACAUUACAUGCUACCUUUCACCACCUAUAUCAUUGCCAAAACAGGUCUGAUCAAAUACAUGCUAACAAGGCCAAUGUUGAGAGGGAAAGUUGGUAAAUCGACUCUGGCCCUGUCAGAAUUUGCCUUCAAAUAUGUUCCUCAGAAGUCCAUCAAAGGACAAGUUGUUGCAGAUUUCUUGGCAGAUCAUCCGUGA